AUGCCGUCGCGGCAUCCACAUAAUCUGUAUCCUCCCACGUCGAGCUCACCACAUGCGACCUUGGUCUCGUCGACCGAGAGGAGUGUGCCGCGUUUGGUACCCCAACAUGCCACCAGUCUGCCAUCAAUGAAUGCGAAUCCAGCUACGUCACCGCCUCACCGGCAUGGGCAUUCUCGCUCUAUCAGCCAUCCUUUUCCUUCUCCUUUCGCUGACUCGAGUAAGAGGACAAACCGAUCUAUGUGGAAGCAGGACUUCCUGGAUUCGGACGAUGACGAUGAUGAUGACGAUGAAGUGACUUACUUACCUGAUCCUCUGUCCAGUAGUCCUCGCAAAGGCCCGCCCCCUCCCCACCUAGGCCCAGGAGAGGAUCUGACGACGGGGAAGUGUAUGACUUGCAACUGUACGAUGCGAUGGCCGCGGAAUCUCAAGGUUUUUCGAUGUACGGAGUGUCUUACUGUCAAUGAUCUAGAACUCUAUAGAGAACCCAACGACUCCAGUGGCCGUAGCCCUCCAAGACUGGAUGGGAGGCCACCUGUGCCGGCCAUUCCGCGGAAAGCUGUUGCAUUGUCGCUUGAACGAACCAAGUCCCUGAUUGACGGAUGUGUCUCGAUGUAUCUCCGGAAACUGUUGGAGGGACCAGAGCCGCGAACUAUCCCAACCGAGAGCCGGACGGACAAACACUUCGGUGAUGGACAGGAUACGAGCCGAUCACGAUCACCGGGGCAAUCGCUGGGGUGCUUGUCCGAACCUCGAGAGGGUGUGGAUCCUUGCAACCGAAGCCGAUCUGCGUCUAGUAGAGCCAGGGGCAUGGACGGAACAAAUGGGAAACCAAACAACUCGAAGCCCAAUGUAGCACCAGCUCCGUUGCAUGCUGAAGAAAGAGAUUUCCAGUCGAGAAGCCAGGUCACGCGACCCUUACCCAAAAGCGACCGCCCAGUGCUGGAAGCUGGGCGGCCUUGUCCACUUGACUCGAAGGAGCAGAUGAAGCGUCCAUACAUAUUUCGGGCGGUUGAGGAGUAUAUAAUAUCGUCAUUUAAAGCAUGCGAAUGUCUAAAUACUUCUUUCGCUACGACGCAACCGCCGUUGCAAACAACCAGUGAUAAUAGCCCGUCGAAGCAGAAAACGGACACCACUGCUACCCCGGGACUCGCGCAUCCCGUUUUCGAGCCAGAUGCGAAAACUCUUUUGCUGGGAGAUCUAGCGGAGAAUUCUUCGUGGUGGAUGCUUGACGAUGACCAGGCCGGUAGUAGUGUUAGUCAUGCUCAUCCCAAAGAAAAAGCCAAAGAAAAGCCCAAAAAGCCCCCGAACUCCUCUCGGACUGUGAGCUCCAGAAGUCCUCGCAUCAACUGGACUGAACUCACACAAUGGUAUCAGUCGAUCGUGACGGCCGGAUCGUCAUGGGUUGAACAGUGGUCGAGGAUGCAGCCUUUCGACAUACAGGAGGAAGAGGAUCAGACACGAAACGAGAGGUGGAAUACCAUCGAUUUGAGCAUUGUAGAGAGAGAGAUAGUCGAAUCACGGUUGCAUCUACACAGAACUCUCCUGAAGGCAACGGAGAACCUCCUCAAACGGCCACGACGGCCCUUAAAGAAGCCGGAGGACAUCCGAUUCCUCCUGGUCCUAUUGGCAAAUCCAUUGUUAUACCCCUCUAGCCCAUCGUCGACCAUUUACACUGUAGCGGUACCGGCCCCUCGCGGCGACCAAAGGCCUUCUCAUCCGAUGGACGUCAGCCACCAACUGGUGCCGCCUGGCAAGAAGUCCGCGUCCAGGCAUCGAAACGGGGGACCGGCCAACCACUCUGGUAUCGUGAAACGGAUAUUGGGGCUAUUGGCCAACUUGUCCAAUGAUUGUCAUCACUAUCUCGUUUCAUGGUUUUCGCGAUUCUCGCCAGGGCAGAUUGAAAAGAUAGUCGACCUCGUCGGCAGCUUCGUGACCUAUCGUCUAACCCGUCAACAGGGACGGAAGCGCAGCAAGUCCGCCAACAGUGAAGAUAAUAGUUUGGUCCCAAGUUUUUCCAGUGCGGCGGGCAACACAGCAGCGGAGCUAUAUGCUGCUAUUAAUGGGAGGACACCCAGCAAGCAGAACAGCGACAAACGGGAGAAGCCGGUCGUCUACAGCGACGACUGGCAACUUCGGGCCGCAGCGCGUGUGAUGUCUCUCCUCUUCACAGCCAACAAUUCCAACGUUUCUCGAAGAUCGGACGGGUCCGAUCCGGCGUCUGUAGCCCAAAGGGAAGGGCAUCGACGAGGGCAGAUGAUCCCGACCAGUACGUUCUACAACACUCUACUCGAUUAUUCCGACCUCGUAGCCGAUUUUGAGGCCUGGGAGUCGCGGACGACGAAAUUCUCUUUCUGCCAAUAUCCAUUUUUCCUCAGCAUCUGGGCUAAGAUUCAUAUUCUUGAGCAUGACGCUCGCCGACAGAUGGAGGUCAAAGCCCGGGAGGCCUUUUUCAACAGCAUCUUGAAUCGCCAGGCGAUCAGCCAGUAUCUUGUGCUAAAAGUUCGGCGCGACUGCUUGGUAGAAGAUAGUCUCCGCGGGGUCAGUGAGGUCGUUGGUUCGAGCCAGGAAGAGAUCAAGAAAGGUCUACGGAUUGAGUUUGUUGGCGAGGAGGGUGUCGACGCUGGUGGCCUUCGCAAAGAAUGGUUCCUGCUCCUUGUCCGAGAGGUCUUCGACCCUCAUCACGGGCUCUUCAUCUACGAUGAUGAUUCUCAAUACUGUUACUUCAAUCCAUACUGUUUUGAAUCCUCGGAGCAAUUCUUUUUGGUCGGGGUCCUCCUAGGACUGGCCAUCUACAACUCGACUAUUUUGGACAUUGCUCUCCCGCCCUUUGCGUUUAAAAAGCUCCUAGCCGCAGCGCCGCUGGCGGCAGGACCACCACCAUCAGCCAGCCGGUCGCUCUACAAAUGUAGUCUGGAAGAUCUCGCGGAAUAUCGGCCCGCGUUGGCUAAGGGCCUACGGGCCUUGUUAGAGUUCGAAGGGGACGUGGAAAAUACCUUCUGCUACGAUUUUGUGGCCCAGGUAGAUCGCUACGGGGAGGUGGUGUCGGUGCCCUUGUGCGCUGGAGGCGAGAAACGGCCGGUGACGAAUGCGAACCGGCGGGAGUUUGUGGACCUGUACGUUCACUAUAUGCUGGACACGGCCGUCACGCGGCAGUUCGAACCCUUCAAACGUGGGUUCUUCACCGUGUGUGGCGGCAAUGCUCUGUCACUCUUUCGACCCGAGGAGAUUGAGCUGCUGGUCCGUGGCUCAGAUGAGGCAUUGGAUGUGGCUUCACUGCGGGCCGUGGCCACGUAUGACAACUGGGGACACCCCCGGCCGGAGACGCUGCCCGCGGUGCGGUGGUUUUGGGACUUCUUCGAGCACACACAGCCGUCGGCGCAGCGGAAAAUCCUGUCGUUUAUUACGGGGAGUGACCGGAUCCCAGCCAUGGGGGCCACCAGCCUCUCGAUCCGGCUGAUGUGCCUCGGAGAUGACUCGUCGAGGUAUCCAACCGCGCGCACUUGUUUCAACCUGCUGGGGCUCUAUCGGUAUCGUUCACGCGAGCGAUUGGAGCAGAUGUUGAGGGAGGCGGUGUUGAAUAGCGAAGGUUUUGGAUUGAAAUGA